UUCACGUAGGUAUCGUUGUAUUGGAAGUGGAGCGCAAAAAGAGUGACGCGCUGCCGGAUUCCGGUGAUUCCCCGCGAUGAAGGAUAGGCAGACCGUUGGCACCAUCAACGAUAUGCAACAUGUCGUUUAUGUGCCAAAUGUGGAUCGAUCAGCUGCCGUGAACUCGCGUGAUCUUCCGGUUAUAAAUGUGACCCCUCAAAGUCCGAACGCUUCGGAAGAAUGGAACAUUCUUGACGGAAGCAUUUCACAAAUCCAAGGCAUCCAAGAAAGCAUUCAAAAGAUGCGAGAAAUGCAAGCAGCUGGUGGCAUGGACCAUGGCAUGAAGAACACGAGGUUUUGCUCCUCUUGCCCAUCGUUGUCUUCCGCAAAGCAAAUUUUCUCGCCUGAUGUUUUGAGAGAGUCUAAAGGAGAUGGAAUUCUAUCAAACAUGUAUAUGGAAGCAAUGCCCGAAAGUGUCUCGGGAGAAAUCGAUCAGAGGGGUGGUUGGACUGAAGAUCAAGCGAAAUCGAAGAUUCCCGAGAGAAGUGUAAGCUUGAGUAGUGCGGAAUCAGAUUCCGAAGAUGCAUUUCUGAAAGCGGCUGGUGGACAAGGACGACUAAAGGAUUACCCGGACAAACGUUCGGAAAUGCCCGAUUUUUCGUUGCAGUAUGGCGAUGUUCCGGACGGUUUUUUCCGGAUGCGGGAAUCCAAGGGGGGGCCGGAAGUGGUCGCUCGGAAGGCACAUCGUUCUAUAAGCCUGCAAAAAUCUGUGUCCACCCCGUCGAUUCUGGGCAAUGUCGAUGAAGCCACCUCCAUUGCUACGAGGCAACGGCUUUCGCAGCAUUUUAGUGGAAGUGAUAGCGAGGAAGAUGUUGGAGUGUUGUGUGGAACCCCUUCCGCUAAUUAUGCCGGGUAUGAUCGGGGUGUUAUUUCGAUUAUUGCCACGAAAGACCCUCCUCAUCUGGUUACGUACAGAGAUAUGCUUCGCGAUGCUUCGAGUCAAGAAGAAGACACUGCGGCUGCAGGAAAGCGACGGAAACGUAGCAGCAUUUUCUUCAAAAAGAAAAAGCAAGAUAAAGACAGAUCAAGACGGGGACCAGCUGUUUCUGGACCGAGCCCAGUGUUAAUAGGCUCUUCUGCAUCGUUCAACUUGUCGUCAACUUCCUCUUCGGGUCAAGGUUUUGGCGCGAAAUCUCUCACGUUGCCGGCUAAUACGAAAAGUGGAACUCAGUUCUACCCUCAACCGAUUGGAAGAUACUCCAUGAACUCUUCUUCCGCGUUACAACGAAAGCCGAAUGGAAACUCUCCUACCGGAACGAACGCCAAAGAUUUCGGCAGGAUGGCGAAUGAUAGAGAAUACGGCGGUGACGACUACAGCCCGGGGUAUGGAGAUAAUCCAGGGGAUUAUUUAACCAUGGAUUUACGGGAAGGAAACAACGUGGAGAGUGAGAUUAUGCGGGAUUUUCCGUCAUUGAAGCUCUUGAAUGAAGAACCUGAAGCCUGGUCGAAAUGCGUUGAUAAGAAGAUUUCUAAAUCGAUUACUGAAGUUGAAGUGAAGCGACAAGAGCACAUUUACGAGUUCAUGAUAACUGAGAAGCAUCAUUGCGUCACCUUGCAGCUGAUGGAGAAGCUGUUUUCCGGAGACAUGUCUCGCAAGUUGCAAUAUGGACACGAGUUCAUUCGCCAAGUCUUCCCAUGUUUGGAGGAAUUGAUAAACUGGCAUUCCAAUUUUCUGCGGCGAUUGCGAGAGCGGCAGGAAGAAAGUUCUAUCGUCCCUACAAUCAGUGAUAUUCUCGUUGAGCAAUUUUCCGGUGACUGCGGAGCUCAGCUUGAAAAGGCCUACGGAAUCUUUUGUUCUCAACACAAAGACGCCGUUUCCGCUUACAAGGACCAGUUGCAUCGCGAUCGACGCAAGAAUUUCACGCUCUUCUCGACCCUGGACGAUUUGGUUCGUGUGUGGAGCGAGCAUGUUCUGUGCAAAAAGAAAGGAAUCCCGGAAUGUAUAUUGUUCGUGACUCAGCGAAUCACGAAGUACCCGCUUUUAAUUGACCCCCUUAUCAAAACUUCUCGAACGAAUCCCGUGGAAUGCGAAGCUCUGAACAACGCCAUGGAUUUGGUCAAACGAAUUUUGGUGAACGUGAACGGAAAGGUUGCUGAGAAGGAAAGAGCAACGAGGCUGCUUGAGGUUUACAAUAAAAUCGAUGCCAAAUCGUCCACCACUUUGUUGAGCAAGAAGUUCAAGAAAGCCGAUUUACUGCAUGGGAACCGCAAGCUGAGAUUCGAAGGCGUUGCCUCAAUGGUGCUUACUCCACGUGGGAAAUCAGUCGAGUUGACUGUGAUAGUUUUCUCGGAUAUCGUCUGUGUCCUCCCUGUAAGCAAAUUGCUGGUUCGAGAGAAAGCUGGAACGGGCGACAAUAACGCGCUUUAUUUGAUUUCGAAUCCUGCUGAUCCUGAAAUGUACGAGUUGAUCUGUGUGCAGCCGAAAGAUCGAAAAGUUUGGAUAGAAUCCAUCCGGGAGGUGAUUGCGAACUGCACUUCCGGUGAAGAAGAAGAAUUCGAUGAAGGAACCAAAAUGCGUGAUGCUCGUCUCGAUCGCAUCAAGCAAAUAACAGUCCUGCUCCAGCAGCAUGAUCUGAACUUGGCGAAGCUCUGCGAGGAGAAGAUAAAUUUGCAGUUCGAAUUACUGGAAGUUUGUGGACACGAAGAUGUUCCCUCUCCGCCAUCGUUUCAGAAGUGUCCCACUGACUUGGACAUAUUUGCUUUGCGUGACCGUUUGCGUCAAACAGUUCAGGAAGCGAGCAAGAUAGCGUCAAAUCUGUGCACAAACGGAGCCACCAAUUUGUCUCGCAGUGCGAGUUCCGUUGGUGAGCAUUAUUCCAAUGCGUAUGUCUCGCCGAUUUUGCCCAGGAGGGCAGAAACGUUUGGAGGAUUUGACAACUCUGUCAAGGACCCAACAGGAGUUAACCGGAAGAAAGCGUCGCCGGUACCGCCGGAAUUAAUAGAGGUGAGUGAAGCGUCGUCGCCCAUGAGCGAACGCCAGCCGUCUCUCUACGUGCGCGCGUUCGCGCCGCACCUGAGCAUCAUUGGUCGCACGCGCAGUCAGGGCCGAAUCGACGUCGGUCCGUCCGCGACGACCCUGUCGCAGGGUUCCCUUACGCGUCCUUCGUCACCUCUGCCCAAGGUGGCCCUGGCUCUUGGGCUGGCCCUGGGUGGGCCAUCCCCGGCGUCCUCGCCGGCCAUUUCGCCGAUGCGUAGUCCCGGCGGCGGGCUGUGUUGGAACUGCCAUCGGGUGUUGUCACGAUCGCCUUCGAACCUGGCCCUGCAACAACUGUCCCCCGUGGCCCGGUCACCGGAACCGUCUUUGUCGCCGAGGAGGGCCAGCUCGCCGGUGCCCGGGUUGCGUCGAACGCUUAUGUCGUUUCUGGUGUUUCUCGGCAUGUUCGGUAGGCACGAGAUCUGGAAGCGUGAAAAUUCUGCGAUUAAGUCCGGAGUUAUUCUUUCUCCGAAGGAUCUUCUUUUUGGUGCGGUUUGUUUUCUCAAGUCGGGUUGCCGGCUGAAGAUCCCUGGAAUUUCAGUUUUUGCUUCUUGCGAUUCUGAACUUCGCUUGAGAACCCAUUUUAAGUUCUCGCAUGUUGCUGUUGUUCGGCCGAUGGAUCGUCCGCGAAGAACGACGCUGCCUGCCGUCCAACCUGGAGAAUCUCUCCUGAAUCUCCCUGGAAGUCAGUAUCCCGUGGGUUGGGGAGGAACUUCUAGUCCCAGUUCGCAUAUGCCCACUGCGCUUGGACUGCCGAUCAGUUCGAUUGUCCCGGGGUCCAAGGAGCAGCAAAUGGCAGUGGCCCAAUUGAGUGGCUACUUGUCCACCAUUUGGUACCUGGUGGAACAUCAGUGCACUAACCUGGAAAGCAUGAAAGCAGAGUUGACGACAGCGUAUGACAAGAUUACAAGACUGACAGGGGAAGAUCCAAGAGGAUCGAAUUCAAGUGCAGGUGGGAAAGGGAAUAAAGGUUUGUUGUCGCACAACCAGCGUUUGGAGGAGCUGAGAAAUUUGCAAGAUCGUUUCUCACGAGAAAGAGAGGCGUGGGAGAAGGAUAGGAAGAUGAAGGAGGAAGAACUGAAUUCGAAGGAGAAAGAGUUGAAGGAAGUUCAGGAACGACUAAAGAAGGACAAGGAAGACGUUGUUCAUCAGCGUGACCAGUUGUACACUAAAGUUCAGACAUUGAAGAACCAGGGGAUAAUUUUGGACACCAACUUUCAUAUCGUUUCGAUGAAUCUCUCUGACGACAACAGCCCGAUGCGUCCUAAUUGCUCCGUCAUUGAAAUCAAUAAGGGUUCCAGCGGGCAAAGUUCGACUGUUUCCAGUCCUCAGCCACAGUCGCCACCGUUGUCGGCGUCCGCAAGUGCUGCGGAUUUCCGGAAGAAGUUGGCAGAAACGCAGCGAUCAAAGAGCGUGACUUCCGUGAGCUCUGCUAAAGCCGCGCAGGCAGCGUUGGUACAUCAGCAGCUUCCACAGCAUUUGAUCAGUGCAACGAAUCAGCAAAAGGUGUCUCAGAAGGCGCAAAACGUUCAAAUUAAGCAGCAGUUGCCGUUGAAGUUGGCCAAAUUGGCGGAGAAGACCAGUGGGGGUAGCGAAAGAUCCAGUCCUGGGUCGAGUCCGUCUGGUUCGCUUCAGUCUCCUUUGAACAUGUCACAGGAGCAUGAAAAAGUUCACCAGAUUUUGCCCAUGAAGCUGAGUGAAGAUAAAAGUGGGAAAGCCUCGUUUGGGUAUCAGAAAUUUGGUGCCACAACUCCUAGUGUACCUCCAAGGACGGGGAUUCCCCAAACUUUCCACUCCAGGUCUGGCAGCAGUCCUGCUGAUAUUCCACCAGAGCAAAUACAGGCAGCUGGGCGACAAUCUAACGUUGAUCAGCCUGUUGCGUCAGGGUUGUACAAGUCGAAUUCUUCGGGAAGUCGAUAUGCCUCGCGUCCUUUUGCGCCUGCUCGUCACCCUCAGCAAGAGCAAUACCUGCAACAACCGCAACCUCUGCUACAACACCAACAGCAACGAUUGACCGUAACUCGGUCUGAUCCUCGACAGGAAAACAGCCCUCGUCCUACUGUAGAUCCCGACACCAACGAAGAAAUCAUAUACUUUUAGGUAUGUGAAACGAGGUCAAAUUUCCGCAAUAUAUCCGUGGAAUGAAUGCGGUGAAUGACUGUUUCGGAAAUCACUACCGGGUUCUCUCCUUUUACGACCACCGACAAGGAAUUAAGUUUUCGUCUCGAGGGUUGAUUGAUCCGUUGUAAGUGGAUUUCAGGGUUUAAGACACCCACAGAUGGCAGCUAUUAUUCGAGGUUUUGUGAUCCAUGGGCCGCGAGAUUCCAGUGUUAGCAAAAAAAAAAGGAACGCAAUUCCGUUUUUAUUUCCUCAUUGACGUGGAUUUUUUAAGGCUCUGUUCAUUCUCGAUCCACUGUGAUAUGAUGACUAUCAUGAAAAGCCACCGUCUUGGCAAUCGCUGUUCGCUAUGCUUAGCCUAUUCCUCCCACCGCAGAUUUGUAUCGUGUUGCAAUUUUUUGGCGAUUCCGUCCGGAAAAUGUGUGUUUGGUGGCUACGAGAAAAUGCUUGGUGAGCAUUUUAUGCUUCCACUAAUAUUGGAACCAAAAUGUUGUUAGGAGGAUUUAUUAUUCGUCUUUCUGUAAAUGAAUCACGGAGAACGCGUUGAUGUGGCCCGGAUUCGUGUUUUCCUCGUCAUAUUGGAUGUUGUCACCCCUGGCAGAAUAAAGGAAUAUUGAUUUAAAA